GUUUUCCAGGACAGAGGUGCUGGUGUAUGGCCCCGCUGCCCGGGGCAGAGCUGGUCCAGAGGCCGCUGCAGCUCUACCGAUACUUGCUGCGCUGCUGCCGUCAGCUGCCAACCAAGGGUAUACAGGAACACUACAAACAUGCUGUCAGGCAGAGUUUUCGGGUUCAUUCAGAUGAAGACAAUCCAGAGAGAAUCCAGCAGAUUAUUAAGAGAGCCAUUGAAGAUGCUGACUGGGUCAUGAAUAAAUACAAAAAACACAGUUGAGAACCCAGAUCCCAAAGUGAAGCUGUCCUGGACAUUUGAAAUCGAGGAGCUGCUCUUUUUCUGGAACUAAGCAACACAGUUCUGGAAUAUUCUUUGGCCCUGUUGGCUUCAAGAACAAGAAAUCAGAGGCAGGAGAAGUUGACCUUUCUCUGACAGCUCAUUUUGCCCCGGCCAUGUUUCCUGCAUCCUUUAUGUUUGCCCUUCCAGCUAGUAACAAUGUGAAGUAUGGGGAGAAUGCAGUGUUUUUUUGUUUCUUCUCUGUGUUUUUCAUUUUUGUCUUUUUGUUUUUCUACUUUGCCCUGAAGGUGUUUCACUUAUUCUGGAGGUCCUUUUACCAUACUCUGAGCCCCAGAGAAAAUGUCCCCGUAGGUGGUCGCCUAUACAGAGAAAAGAGAAUGGGCCUUCGAACCAGGCAGAUCUGGAUUUGAAGCCCAGCCCUGAGGCUGCUCUAGGGUAUCUCCUGUGAGCUCAGUUUACUCCAUGGUGUGGAUGAACAGGAUGAUGUUGAAAUGCCUAACGUGGGGUAUGGUACACAGGGUAUGGCAUCCUAACUUCGGCUCCCUGCCCCUGCCAUAUGGCAGAUCUCUGCAUAGCUCUGCUCUAGCGCCUGUCGUGAGGUCCCAGUGAUUGGUUUGUGGUUUGUGAGCUUGUCCUGUCCCCGCUCGGAGCCUCAGAACCCUCACAGCUAUGCCAUGCCCAGUCUGCCAAGGAUCUACACUUCUUGACCCCAUCCCUCCAUGCCAGGGAAAUAGAUGCCCUGGUCCUUGCCAUCAAAGCAUUGUCAGUGUCCGUGAAUGUUCUGUAAAGUAGGAAGGAGGCCAGAGCAAUCUCAGUAGAUGUUGUCAGGUUCGGGCUCUGUGAAUUGGCAGUCUGUCCUUCCUGGCCUUUCUGGCUUUGCUCCUGUCUUGGAAAGAUGAAAGGCGGAAGAGGAUGGCGGAUCUGGGCUGGAGCUGGUUGAGCAGCCAGAUGAUUCAGGGCAGACACACUGGGACAGGAGCAUCCCCAGGGGCAGCCAGCCAGAAGGAUGUGCUUGCACGUUUGUGUCCUUGCAGUUCUGUAACUUAAAGUGCCAUCUGUCUGUAUAAACCUGAAUAACAAGUAA